AUGUCCUCGGAGUACCACUUGUCGAUAACCCCUCUGAAGGUAUCAGAGAUAUCCUCAGAGGAAACCAUCAUCGUACUCGGACAGGCCCUUCUGGAUUCCACCACAUCGUGGAAGCUGGGAAAGACAUACCAGAAGGGUACCGUGAGGACGUGCUCCCGUCACAAGGGUCCGGGAGAUGGCGCCUCUUGGCAUUGCAGAACAAGCGAACAUACGGCUGAAGAUGCCACGUUCGACGAGUUCUGGAGCAAGCUGGGAGUGAACAAGGCAGAGAACGAAAUGCAGUUCAUACCUGAUAUCAAGAAGGUUGCGCUCGUGAAGCAAAUAUCUUCAACGCAGGCCAUCUGGACCUUGUAUUACACCUUUGCACCCCCAGUAUCUCCCCGAGUGUUCACGGUGUUGCAGACCACACAUCUGAUCGAGACCUCGCCGAAGACUGGGAUUGUCGUUUCUAUACCUGUGGACCUCUCAGACGACAAGGAUCUUUCCAAAAUCGAAGAGAAGGGCGUGAAAGGUCGCUAUGUGAGCGUCGAGCGUCUCAAGGAACUUGGGAACGGCAAGGUCGAGUGGAAGAUGGCUACAUCUAGCACUCCAGGCGGUAACAUCCCCUCCUUCGUCGCCGAAUCAACGAUGGACAGCACGAUUUCUCACGACGUGACGCAUUUCCUUCAUUGGUUUCACUCUCUCCGACCGAAAUUGGAAUCAGCAGCAGAGUCCGCGUGA